AUGGUACGGAGUCCCACGCUCUGCUCAACAUCUCGCAAAUUGCCAGCCACCCAGAUCCACAACUGUCUUUCACUUUCCCAUGUGUUCGGAUCCGAUGCGCUAGGUUCCUUGGACCGAGGCCCCAGCUGCACGACUCUGGACCCUGCGUCGAGCCCCAGUUUAGAUCUGCUGCCCCACAGCGUGCACUACGGCCACCAACUGCCCAUCCCGCUGUCCCCGCAAACCAUGUACGCUGCGCCCAAGACGGCAGUCGCCAGCCAAGGGUCUGCCUCUAGUGCUCCUCCGGCUCCGUUGCAGCGGACAUACAGUUUGCACUCUUGUCCUCGCAUCGAGUACGAAAGUGAUUAUGGCAACCUCCCCUAG